AUCAAGAAGUUAUUAGGCAUUUCUCAGCCGCAAAUUAGAGAUUCUUCAUUAAUACCAACCUCACCCCAUCCCCCCCCUCGACCCCCCCGUUAUGUGAGAGGGAGAGUGUGGGUGCCGAUAAAGGGGAUGGGGAGGUAGCAAUGUCUGUCUGCCCAUCGGUGUGAGGAGCAGUGACAGGCGCAAACUUUUCCCCGUGCUAUUAAUGAACCAAUUAAAGAGUUGGGCUCCUCACCCCUGGAGAGGUCUCUGCAGGCUGCCGGGCUCAGGGACUCGAGAGGCUCCCGAGAAGACACCCAGCGCCCUGGGAGGCAGCCCACGGCCGGGCGUCUGGGGCCUCGGAUUGACAGCGGAUCACGGGAAGAAACGGGAUUAUUAUGACCCUCUUCCGAGGAGCUAUGCUGCCAGCCACGAGUAGGAAAAAAGUCCAGAAAUUCCUCGUUUGUUUGCUGUCUGGUGCCGCAAGCUUCUAGCUUUUUUAUCAUUAUCAUUUUAUUUUUCCUGCGGUUUCUUGGAAUCUCUGAGCUGCAUUGGAUAAAUGCCUUUCCCAUCCGAUUGACUCUGCUUGUCAGAGAAUUAAUUAUUUUUUUUUUUUUUUUUUUAAGAACACCUUUCUGGUCUUGUAUACUUGUUUGUAUUUUACGCAACCGAACGGUUUCUCAGAGAAAUGCCCGCGCUCAGAAUCACUGCCUGAUAUUGUGGAGAGAUGAAUUGCAGCUGAAAGUUUCCCUUCCACCUUUGGAUGAAUCUCUGGAGUUUAAAUUUUAGGAAGGAAGGGGGAAAAAAACACGAUGAAAGAGAAGUCCAAAAAUGCUGCCCGGACCAGACGGGAGAAAGAAAACAGUGAAUUUUACGAACUGGCGAAAUUACUACCUCUGCCCUCUGCUAUCACCUCUCAGCUGGACAAAGCAUCCAUCAUCAGACUCACCACCAGCUAUUUAAAAAUGAGGGUGGUCUUUCCAGAAGGACUUGGAGAAGCCUGGGGCCACUCUAGCCGAACCAGCCCGCUGGAUAAUGUUGGACGAGAACUGGGAUCCCAUCUUUUGCAGACGCUGGACGGUUUCAUAUUUGUCGUGGCUCCAGACGGCAAGAUCAUGUACAUUUCAGAGACCGCCUCGGUGCACCUGGGCUUGUCGCAGGUAGAGCUGACGGGCAACAGCAUCUACGAGUACAUCCACCCCGCCGACCACGACGAGAUGACGGCGGUGCUCACUGCCCACCAGCCCUACCACUCGCACUUCGUGCAGGAGUACGAGAUCGAGAGAUCCUUUUUCCUGAGGAUGAAGUGCGUCCUGGCCAAGAGGAAUGCGGGGCUGACCUGCGGGGGCUACAAGGUCAUUCACUGCAGCGGGUACCUGAAGAUCCGCCAGUACAGCCUGGACAUGUCUCCCUUCGACGGCUGCUACCAAAACGUUGGCUUGGUCGCCGUGGGCCACUCGCUGCCACCCAGCGCCGUGACAGAGAUCAAGCUUCACAGCAAUAUGUUCAUGUUUCGGGCCAGCCUAGACAUGAAGCUCAUAUUCCUAGAUUCCAGGGUAGCUGAGCUAACAGGUUAUGAGCCCCAGGACUUGAUAGAGAAGACCCUUUAUCACCAUGUCCAUGGCUGUGACACCUUCCACCUGCGAUGCGCCCAUCAUUUGUUGCUGGUGAAAGGGCAAGUGACCACCAAGUACUACCGCUUCCUGGCCAAGCACGGCGGCUGGGUGUGGGUGCAGAGCUACGCCACCAUCGUGCACAACAGCCGCUCCUCCCGCCCUCACUGCAUCGUCAGCGUCAACUAUGUCCUCACGGAUACCGAAUAUAAAGGACUACAGCUCUCCCUGGAUCAGGUCACAGCUACCAAGCCGGCAUUCUCAUAUGCAAAUUCUACUCCGACCAUAACAGAUAAUAGAAAGGGAAGCAAAUCUCGCCUCUCGAACACAAAGUCAAAAUCAAGGACAUCACCAUACGCACAGUAUUCUGGAUUUCACACUGAGAGAUCCGAGUCUGAUCAUGAGAGCCAGUGGGGUGGGAGCCCCCUGACAGAUACAGCUUCUCCGCAGCUACUGGAGCCCGUGGACAGACCGAGCUCCCAGCACCACGAUGUCUCCUGUGCCUACAGACAGUACUCAGACCGCAGUGCUCUCUGCUAUGGUUUUGCACUCGAUCACUCCAGGCUGAACGAUGACAGACAUUUCCACACCCAGGCCUGUGAGGGAGGCAGAUGUGAAGCUGGCCGGUAUUUCCUUGGCACGCCACAGCCGGGAAGGGAGAGCUGGUGGGGUUCUCGUUCAGCAUUACCCCUGACUAAGUCAUCCCCCGAAAGCAGAGAAGCCUAUGAAAACAGCAUGCCCCACAUAACGUCUGUGCACAGAAUUCAUGGGAGAGGACAUUGGGAUGAGGACAGUGUCGUUAGUUCACCUGAUCCUGGUUCUGCCAGUGAAUCAGGCGACCGAUACCGUACUGAGCAAUAUCAGAGCAGUCCACAUGAGCCCAGCAAAAUUGAAACUCUAAUAAGAGCCACCCAGCAAAUGAUUAAAGAGGAAGAAAACAGACUACAGCUGAGGAAAACGACCCCUGAUCCACUGGUCUCCAUUAAUGGCACAGGGAAGAAGCAUACUAUCUGUUUUGCAAACUACCCUCAGCAGCAGUUGGCAGGGGAUGUCUGCCGUGUCCCAACGGUUGCCAACACUCCUCCCUGUGAACAUAUCCAGCAACGAGAUGGAAAGAUUAUGAGCCCACAUGAGAAUGACUAUGACAACAGCCCCACAACACUGUCUAGGAUAAGCAGCCCCAAUUCUGACCGAAUAUCAAAAUCUAGUUUGGUACUAGCUAAAGACUACCUGCAUUCAGACAUGUCCCCUCAUCAGACCUCAGGGGACCACCCAGCAGCCUCUCCAAAUUAUUACAGCUCCCAUAGGCAGUACUUUGAUAAGCACGCUUACACAUUAACUGGAUAUGCCCUGGAGCAUCUAUAUGAUGCUGAAACCAUUAGAAACUAUUCACUAGGCUGUAAUGGAUCACACUUUGAUGUGACUUCUCACUUAAGGAUGCAGCAAGAUCCAGCACAAGGACACAAGGGAACAUCUGUUAUUAUUACCAAUGGAAGCUGACAAUUUUUUUCUAAAAAAAUUGUGCUUUAAAAUAUAACAUGUGAGAACUAAUUGGAAGAUAUUAUAUGUUUUCAUGCCCUUGUUGUUACCAGCAUUUGAUGUACCACAGUGCACUAGAAAGAAUAACCUAAGAUUUGGCGGGAUAAGUUAGUUAACACACACUACUUUUAAAAAAUAAAAAUGCACUGCAAGCAGAGUUAGAGUGAAUGAAGCUAAAAUCAAAGUUGGUGCCAUGCAAGGUGAGAAGGAUGGAAGUGAUCUAGGCAGGGAGUGCUUGUCCAGGCUAGCAGAGAAAUUUAUGCACAUUGUGUAAGAGGUUCCAUUUUCUGGAAAUGUUGCUAAGCGCAGACCUUCUGAACUGCAUGUGCCCCACAGGUCGCAGCCAACAAAGCUGCUAUGCAUUCUUGUUACGCAGAAAGUUGGAAUGUGUUCCUUUGCAAUACACAUCAAAAUGCAUACUUCUGGAGAUCUGUUUAAUUCCUAAUGGCCAAAUGUGUUAUGCUGCUCCAUGAUAUAAAGCGUACAUGAUUAACCAAUGCAAAAAUCAAAAAAGGGAGAAAGAAGAGAGAAAUCCUCAAAUCAUUAUUCCUUGUGUACUCACAUGCAUAGCUAUUUACAUAUGCUUGAUCUGAAACGAGUGAAAUGAGCAGUAUCCUUAUGAUUAGUGCGAUCAAAUAUUUACUUCUACUGCAUUUAAAAGAAAGAGGGCCUUUCUCAUUAUAGUUUUGAGAGAUACAUAGGGCUUGGUUGUCUUGAUGUAGAGAUGGGAGAUAGUCCUCAUAUACUUAAAAAGUUGCACAAGGUGGGAAGUGGAGUGAAAUGGAAGAAAAUUGUUAAGAGAAACAAGGAGAACAGGCUGGAAUUAGGAGUGGUCCAAGAUAAACACAUUUAACACUAUGGCUAUAUAUGCCAUAUGGUAAUAAUUAUAAAAUACAGAAAAGUGGUUCUAAGUGGCUGAAUAAUAAGAAUUAAUUUGAAACACAGAAGGAACUCAAUAGAACCAUAGAAAUUUUGCUGUAAAAUACAAAGGUAAUUGCAUAAAUGUAAAAAUAUGGGAGUUGAGAACAGACAACUCCAUAGUGGUUUGUCCUAUUUCUGAUAAAGUUUUGGAGUAAAUUAAAAAAAUAUAGAAAAGUGUAAGUACUCUGACAUAUAGUAAAGCAAUAGGUAUGACUUUGCAAAAGAGAAAUGCAUUCUUUUCUUUCUUGCAACAGAAAAUUUGAUGACUAUCAGAACAUAUUAGGGAUAUCAAAAUCAGUCAUAUGUGUAUAAAAAAUUACUGAGGGAAAACAGGUUUCCAAGAAAUUCAGUUGAAUUUAUAAUGCUGAUAAUAUCAGGGCCUGUGCUAGAGUUAUAGAACACAUCAAAAGAGGCAGAGAAACUUUUUGCAAUUUUUAAUUAUCUCAUGAACAAAGAGACACUAAUUGAUUGGAAAAGAGAGAAUAAAAAGCAUAUGCUAGGAAAAGUAAAAUAGGGCAGUUGUAGGCACAGUUGCUAGGCCUGUCCUUCUUCGUAUGGCAUUUAUAUGAAGUUUCAAAUUUGACUGCAACAGGAGCAGCACCCCGCUCCCUAUUACAAAAAAAUGGAGGAAAAGGAACUUGAGGUGGUUACUAAAAUGAGAUCAGCACUAAGUCUAGCUUCAUUUGUAACAUUAAGAAGCUCAGCAUAUGGGAUGGAGUCAUCAAUGGGACUAAAUAUAAACCGGCAUGUUAUGGGUGGGUUAAAAAUAUCUAUUUUCAAAUAAAAGUAAUCAGAAGCAAAAGCUAAAUAAUAACAUUAUGAGCCACGUAGGUUGAGAUGUACUUGAAAGCAGAGGAAAUUACCUCUCUGAACUUGGAAUGUUGUGUAUAGUCCUGAUCACUCCAAGACAGAUUGUGAAUCUUGAAUUGAGUAGUACCUUACUCCAUAAGCAAUCUCUGUUGACUGCAUUGUGAUCACUCCUGGUGAAAUGUACGUUGAACACAAGGAAGAGCAACACAGUCUGGUCUUUAUUAUCUAAAGCUCAUAUUAGAAAAGGUGGAGCAGAGCUCAGCAAAAGAUAAAGAGUCUAAAAGAUCUAAUAAAAACUUUAAAGAAACUGGGUCUGUCAUCUUUGUGAGGGGGAAAAAAAGUAAGGGGGAAUGUCACUGGUGUGCACCAAGCUCUGCGCAGAGGAAAGAUAAAUAAUGGUCUAAAACUAGUUGAACUAGCGGCACAAAUGAGAGACAGGGCAUUGAAUGUUAGCCAAGGCAAAAUGAGAACAAAAUGAAUUGGCAAGAAAUUUAUUUGACUAAGUGCCAAAUGAAUAACAAAGUCAUAAAGAGAAGCAGCUAGAGAUUUUGGGUUGCUUGUUUGUUUGAAGAUAAAAUCAAUGCUAAUAAUUAAAGGGAAGAAAAACAUUGACAACUGUUAACUCAGAGGAAAGAAUGGACCAAAAUGGACUUCUUUCAGCCCAACAAUUGUAUAUAUUCCUAAAGCAUAGGAAUGAGAGAGUAUUUUUGAUAAAUCUAAUUCUGGAUACGUAUUUAUUUCACUUAUUCCUAUGAAUAAUAUGAAUAAACUUGUAUUUGGAGUCUCAUUGUACAGUAUUAAAAUACGAUUUGCAAAGCAAAUUAGAGUAGAAUAACAUAGUAUCAUAUUAUCCCUACUACUACAUAGAAAAAAUAAGUCUCAGUGUCUCUAUUAUUUUUUAUUACAGAAGAGUUUCCUGAACUGUUUGUAUGAAUGCGCUUUUGUCAACACCCAAGUUUCUCUGGGUCACCAAACACUCUUGUUAUCAAGCUUUUAAUUAGAAGGCAAUAGAGAUCUGCAGACCAGCUGCAGUCCCCUGGCUGUGGUCUCAUGGCCACAAGCAGUCAGGAAACCACAGUUUGGGCACUGUUGUAUUUGCAUUCUGACAAGCACUUUUGAAAAAUAGAAGACUUAUAAAACAAAUAGGCACAGUAUAGGAUGCUUGUACUCUAUGUGUUUUCACCUAGGAAAAAACCCCAGUGUGCUAUGCAAUAAAAAUUCCCCAUUCCUGUGAUUCCAGAGUAAAACUUCCCAAACUGUAGUUAUUUGUCCUAUUUUCAGUAGUUCCAGUCCAUUGCAAUGACAAAUGCAGCAAAAUGCAUUGUAAUGAGUGGACUACAUCAGUAGAGAUGUCUGUACAUGCAGCAGUGUUGUGCUACAAGCAAAGGCUGACAUUCACUCUACUAAUGGGAUUCUAGCAACCGACACUCCUUAGCACUUCAGUACAGUCUGCUGGAAACAAACACCUUUUGUGACCUAAUUUGCCAUCCUGCUUUUUUAGAUAGCCAGGAAUUUCUUCUUAAUCGACAGAAAGCAUUGACUGUUGUAAACAUAGACUCUGUGUGCUACAUACUACAUAAAAGCAAGUUUGCAAUCUUAAUUAUAGCGUAUAAUAUCACUGCAGCUCAUAUUACAUGUACUUUUCGAUAUGAUGUAAAGCUUAUUUUUUUCCAUUGCAUAUUUAUUUAAUUCAGAUUUUUAUUUAGUAUCCUUGAAGGAUAUAUUUUCUUUUGUUUCUUCCUUUUCUAAAUCAGAGAAGAUGAGAUGAGAUAUUUUGCAAAACUGGAAAAUACAAGGCAUUUGUACCAAAUACAUUUCAAAUGUAUUACACUAGCUAAAGGUCAUCACUUUAAAGAAGGCAUGUAGGUUGCGUUUUGGAACAGAAACAAUAUAGAUUGCUGCGUUGCAUCAUUUCUCUGAUGUAACAGUGUUUUGCCAUGAACACCAAAUCAGUAUUUUGUAGAUACUCCAAAUACAGGGUGACCACAGCUCUUUCCAACCAUUUCUUAUUGAUAUCAGUGGGCAAUGCAUUACGAUUUAUGUGCAUUAUGAAUUUGGUGCAUUAUGAUUUUAAUAUAUCUCUUUUGUUCAAAGAAGCAAAAAAGAUCUCUCUUCUUUACACAAAAUUGCACUCCAGGGGCAUGGAGUUUGUAAUUUGGACAAAUUUACACAGCGGUUCUUAAAUAGAAGAAGAAGAAUAGAAGAAGAACCUUACUCAGCAAUGUGUCCCAUUGACUCAAAUGGGAAUAUUUGUGGAGUUAGGUACUACUUAAUAAGUGUAAGGGUUAAAAAGCUGACUUGUGAACUGACAGUAGGUUUGGGGUUUGUAAUUUCAUUUUUUAAGUCUCAGGAUGUGACUGUGGAAGCUAUGGAAAGUAAUACUAUGUAUUACUAUGGAAAGUAAUAGCUCUAAUGGCUUUUUUUUCUGUAACGGAGGUUAUUUAUACAUGCUUUGAAAAAAUGAGUGCAACUGUGCAGCAAAGAGCCCUGGAAGUAUUUCUUACGAUUUAAAUGGCUUUUGUGCGCUUUAAAACUCUUUUAAUUACUCUUAUCUGAAUCUCAUUUUUACCUCUGGACAUGCAGCAUUUAUUCAUUAAUAUCCCUGACUAUGGUAACCACCAUAUGUUCAUUUAUGUGAACAUCCUGAGCGAGUUGGAAAAAACCAAAAAAUUGCAUAGUAUUUCUGGAAAAGGUGCAGCCACUCCAGAAAAUCAGACUGACUGUUGCAAAAGUCAGUUAACCUUUCAAGGAAAAAAGCUGUGGCAUACACAUUGGUUUCAGACGUUCUGCAUACAAAGCCGUGAAUAAUGGGGAUUAUACAACAUGGUUCCAGGAUUAGACCUAUCUGUGUCUGUUUUAAGAUGGCUGUAGCUAAUGUCUAACGGCAAGUGGAUUCAGGCUCUGGUCUUUCCAUGAGUUGCAAGUUUACUUAAAACAUUUAAGACUCUAAAGGCAAUACACCCUUUGUUAUUAGGAACAAUGGCAAACGAACAUUGGUGUAGAUGUACUGGAUUAGCUCCAGACACCUCCACAAUGUGGAGAAGAACUUGUUUUAUUUUACUUGCAGUUAGUAUUGAUAAUAUUUCAACUGUAUGCACUGAGAAGCCAAAAAAAAAACCCCACCAAACCAACAACAGAAAAACCAAACCAAAUCAAAUCCACACUUUUUUUUCGUUAACCCUCCAGUUUGGUGUUAGUUAAAGCCUGCUAGAGAUGUAGCUGAGGGUUUAGCUAUUAUCCUGAAGAUGAAAAAUAUUAGUCUUCUGUUCAGAACAGUGAGAGCACUAAUGUGUCCAUUCCACAUAUCCUUAGAGCAGUUAUCAAUGAAAAAAAGAAAAGACGUGAGGUUAAACUUCACUGUGGCAUUUAGCUUACGUAUAGAAGAGUUCUGUGAAUAAGUCUGGCUCUACAUUGCUAGGAAUACAUCCCUUUCUGAAAAGAGGUAGUUUAUGAAUGAAUCCAUUUAUGAAGCUGUAUUUGAAAUAAAAGAUGAACUACAGGAAGGAAAAAACUCCUAUUUUUCCUGGUUGUAUUCAAUAUUUAACUCCCCUGUCACAUGGAGUUCUCAAGAUUUCCUGUUGUUCUAGGAUUCAAAUCACAGUUUUUUAAACAUUUUUAUUUAUUACAGUUUAGAUUGUCUUUAUUUUUUGCUUUUCAGCUACCGAUACAUUGGGGAGUUUAGAAGUGCAAGAAAUAAUCAUGUUUAUACAUUAUAAAACAUUAGCACCUUUACAAUUGUAAGGAAAUAAACUUUAUUAGGAUAAGUACAUUUAAGGCACUGCUACUUUGUCCCAAAGUAAAUAUUUCAAUGAAUAAAAUAUAUACUAAUCUGGUGAAAAACAGCACUUGAGACAUAAUGAAGUACUUUGUGUUUUCUUUAAACUGAUGGGUUAUAUUUAUGGAAAAAAAAAGACACAGAUUGCCAGCAUUUCAAAUGCCAUGCCUUGCAACGUAUAAAGUCUAGUGACAUUGUAGCAUAACAUCUGUAAUUCGAAGUUUUCCUUUGGAAUGUAAUGUAGGAAACACAAUUUAGCUAUGUCAACGAUAUCUUGCAAAGUGUUCCCAUUUAUAAUUAUUUAUAUUGUAAAUAGCUUUCUGAAGUAAAUUUGAAGUUAA